AUGGCGGAGAAGUCUCAGAAGCAGAAAGCGGCAGCCAAACAGGCAGCCGUCUCAGCGGCCAAAGCCACUGAGCAGCGCGUCGGUGGCGAGGAUGCCAAGAAGAAGUUCACACGCAUUGACGCCUUUGAGGGUAUCUACUCGUUUCUGUCAAUGGAUGAGCCUUGUGCGGUGCUCUUUGGCAGCUCCCUCCACCACUCGGCGAGGCAUGCGCUUCUGGCCGCCCAGUACCCAGAUGCUUCCGACCAGUUGCAGGCUCCGGGCGCCCUGGAGCUGCAGGCUGCAUUGAAGCUAGUUGAGAGCGAGCAGAACAUGAAGCCCAAGCUUGGACCUCUCCCGUAG